AUGCGUAUCGAAGAUUGCUCGUUCUGCGGACGACCCUCUUACCCGUCCAAGGGUAUUACCUUUGUACGAAAUGACGGAAAAUCAUUCCGAUUCUGCCGAUCCAAGUGCCACCGCAACUUCAAGAUGAAGCGCAACCCGCGCAAGCUCAAGUGGACCAAGGCAUACCGCCGCAACGCGGGCAAGGAGAUGGUCGUCGACAGCACGCUGCUCUUCGGCCAGCGCCGCAACGAGCCCGUUCGCUACGACCGCGACCUGGUGGCGCGCACGCUGGGCGCCAUGCAGCGCGUCAGCGAGAUCCGCCAGCGCCGCGAGCGCGUCUUCUACAAGAAGCGCAUGGCGGGCAAGCGCGCGCGCGAGCUGGCCACGGCCCGCAAGCUCGUCGCCGAGAACGAGCACCUGCUGCCGCGCAUGCGCGGCAGCGAGAAGAAGCGCCUCGCCGAGAUGGCGGCCGCCGGCGAGGAGGUCGACGUCGAGGCCGAGGAGGAGGCCGCGACCAAGGCGUACAAGAGCAAGGCGUUUGGCACGGAGAAGCGCAGGCUGCGCAUGCGCGUGGACGGCGAGGUCGAGGAGGACGGCAUGGACAUGGACUGA